AUGGGAAAUUACUGUCUUUGAGAGCGAGCAGUAGCUGAUGAGAAUAAUUUUAAUGUAAACAGACCAUCUUCAGAUCACAGUACAGCACGGAAGAUCUUAGAUCCUGAUUACUCAAUUCCUACGAAAGGGAUCUGCCUUGGAUUUCAAGAGACUAAGAGACCUGAGGAGUUUGGUGUCAGCAGGAAAUCGAUCAAUCUGAAGCUGAGGCUGCAGAAGCAAGGAAAGUUCAAGUAUAUAAAAACAGUGAAAAAGCCAGAGCAAGUUCUAGAAAACGGUUGUAGAUAUAGCGGUGAAUGGGAGGGAGACAUAAUCCAUGAUGGCGGAGCCAUGAUUUGGCCAGACGGCACCCGAUACGACGGCUACUGGAGAAAAGGCAGACCUAGCAUUAAUGGAAGAGUCAUUCAUUCAAAUGGAGAUGUCUAUGAAGGAGAGAUUCACAAUAAUAAAGCCAAUGGAUAUGGUAAAUUCUCUCAACUAGACGGAGCAGAAUAUAGUGGAUACUGGAAAGACAACCUCCAACAUGGGAAAGGCAAAGAGACCUGGCCUAAUGGAAUCCAGUACGUUGGUGACUUUAUCAAUGGCAUGAAACAAGGUACUGGAAAACUUACAUGGAUUGACGGCUCUGAGUAUCAAGGACAAUUUUCUAACAACGAUCUGCAUGGCCAAGGAUACUAUAAGUGGGGUGAUGGUAGAGUUUAUGAAGGAACCUGGAUCCAAAACAGAAUGCAUGGCAGAGGAGUAUUCACAUGGAAAAAUAACAUGAAAUAUGAAGGGGAUUAUAUCAAUGACUUAAAACACGGAAUUGGAACUUUCACCUGGCCUGAUGGAAGGAUCUACAUUGGUCAAUGGAAAGAUGGAAAACAAGAUGGCUUUGGUAAGUUCUACCAACCUGAAGGGCUCAGAGCCCAAGAGAACAACGAAAAGUCUGAUUCCCAAGCUCAAAAGAAUGAGCUAGAGAAAAAGAACUCACUUCCGUUCGAUGUAGCAGCUGUUGAAGAAAGAAAUGACAAAUUUCAAUAUGGAUUCUGGGUUGAUGGAAAAAGAGAGAGGUGGUGAACAAGAGAUGAAGCAAUCAAUGGAGGAUUUAAGCUAUAA